CGUGCAACAUCCCGUCCAGCGCCGCUCGCCGUCGGGAGGAUUAGGCGGGAUUUGUGGGUUGAAGGCAUGUGGCGAGGGCUCUGAGGGGGAAAAAAAAGCCCCGCGGGGUUGUUGUUUUUUCUUCUUCCCCGCCCGCCUCCUGGGCGAGCGGAGCGCCUUGCAUGUCUGUGUCGCUCGGCGAGGGAGGGAAGCAGGGAGCAGGCAGGCGCAGGCGCAGCGCCCGCCCGUCCGCUCGCCUGCCUGCAGCCCGGGCUCCCUCGCUCACUAGUGCAGUUGCCGGGGCGUUGAUGGCAGCGGCGGAGCGCGCCCGGAGCACGACGGCGCCGCCGCCGCCUUGGGCCCCCGAGCCCAACAUGGGCAGCCGGCACGGAGGCAGCAGAAGCGGCCGCAGUGGCAGCGGCAGUAGCAGCCCCAGCUCCGGGGCCCCUCAGCGGCAGGACGGCGACGGGCGCCGUGGCCCCUCGAGGGCCAGCCAGCUCUCCUGACCUGCCUGCCUGCCGCGCUCUCCUCCUCCUUCCCCGGCGCUCCCCACCGAAGAAUGUCCGCCAAGUCCAAGGGGACCACCUCCUCCUCCGCCACCUCGUCGUCCGUGUCGUCUCCGGCCGAAGGGCUGCCGGCAGCCUCCAAAGCCAAGGUGAAGGAGCAGAUCAAGAUCAUCGUGGACGAUUUGGAAUUAGUCCUGGGGGACCUGAAGGACGUGGCUAAGGAGCUGAAAGAGGUGGUUGACCAGAUUGACACCCUGACUUCUGACUUGCAGCUGGAGGAUGAGAUGACAGACAGCUCAAAAACGGACACGUUGAACAGCAGCUCAAGUAGCACAACAGCAUCCAGUUUGGAGAAAGUCAAAGUCCGAGCCAACGCGCCGCUCAUCAAGCCCCCGGCCCACCCUUCUGCCAUUCUCACCGUGCUGCGGAAGCCCAACCCACCACCCCCUCCUCCGCGGCUGACUCCUGUCAGGUGCGAAGACCCUCAUAGGCCAGUUACCCCUGCCAACCCUGUAAAGACUAAUGGGACUCUACUACGAAACGGAGGCUUACCGGGUGGACCAAAUAAAAUUCCCAAUGGGGAUAUAUGUUGUAUACCGAAUAGUAACUUGGACAAAGUCUCGGUGCAGCCUCUGAUGCACAGGUCUGAGAAAGACAGGUGUCCGCAGCCUGGAACGCGGGAACGGGUACGAUUUAAUGAAAAAGUCCAGUACCAUGGCUAUUGCGCAGACUGUGACGUUCGGUAUAAUAUCAAAAACAGGGAGGUUCACUUGCACAGCGAACCUGCCCACACGCUGGGGAAGCUUCCUCACCAAUGCCCUCCCUUGCCACCACCACCUCCCCCGCUUCCUCCUUUUCCGUUAGAAAAUGGAGGGGUGGGAAUAAGCCCCAGUAGUAGCUUUCCUCCUCUCAGACCUGCAACUGUGCCUCCACAAACUGCACCAAAACCCCAGAAGACCAUCUUGAGGAAAUCGACCACUACAACAGUGUGAUGUAUCCCACUUGGAAAACUCUCUUAUUUUUUUCCUUAUGUAUAAAACAUGAAAAAGGUAAUGAGCACUUUCUACUCAAGCAAUAAAAAGCCCAAAUAUAUUACACCCUUUCUUCGAUGAAGUGGCAUAAAAAUCACAUGGUGAGUACAGAGAAAACCAAUGUCCGAUCCACAAACACGUUUCAUGGUUGAAAAUUAUAAUUUAUCAUUGUGUAGGUAAUCACGGUAUUAUUAUUAUUAUU